ACUCUCUGGGUGAAAAAGUGUUUCUUCGUCUCCGUUCUAAAUGGCUUACCCCUUAUUCUUAAACUGUGUGUGUGUGUGUGUGUGUGUGUGGCCCCUGGUUCUGGACUCCCCCCAACAUGUCUCCUGCCUCUAGCGUUUCCUGAAGGAACGCCCUUUAAUUCUGAGACUGCGGGACUCUCCCACCUGCUGAUUUGCUUUUGCGAGUUUUAUUCCGUCUUUUGAGCUGCAGAAGGGCUGACGGGUUUUAAGCACGUAGCACUCUGUCACAAUAUGCAAGGCAGCACCCACUGACUUCCUUAAACCAGUUUCACCGAGCUGCAGGAGGCGGCUAACUUUACAGUGCUCUCUCUGUGUCUCUCUCUGUUUCUCUCUCUCUGUCUCGGCCACUGCACUGUUUUGGAUUUAUUCACCUCGUUUCUCCGGGAGACCAACUACUAAUUACUACGAUGCACCAACAGCUGAGGGGAGAGAGUGACUACGAGCAGCUACCUGACGAUGUGCCGGUUUCUGCUCACGUCGCCGAUGUGGAACAGGGCAAAGGAAUCUCGGCCUACUUUAUGUUUGUGAUCCAGGUGAAGCAGAAGGGAGACGCGAGGUACUUCAUAUAUCGCCGUUACCGACAAUUCCACAACCUCCAGGUGAAGCUCAAGGGCAAGUUCGACCCAGAGAACAACAAGAACUUCAACACCUGCGUCUUGCCGGCUCUGCCAGGGAAGGUUUACCUUGGCAACAAGCAGGAGAUUGCAGAGAAACGGAUUCACGAACUCAACAUCUACAUGAAGAAACUCUUGGCCCUUCCAGCCUGGAUUCUCCUGGAUGAGGAUUUGCGGAUUUUCUUCUACCAGACCAAGGAGGACAGCGUGCAGGUACCAAAGUCCCUCCGGAGGCUGAGGCCACCGACCCGCAGAGUCCAAACCAAGACUGUAAGGGAAGGAGUGAUCCUGGAAGAUGAGAAGCCCUGGGCUGAGGCUCUGUAUAACUUUACUGGGGCAAAUGACUUGGAAUUGACAUUCAAAGCUGGCGACAUCAUCUAUCUGCUGAAGAAAGUUAACGAACAGUGGUUCGAGGGCAUUCACAGUCACUGCACAGGCAUCUUCCCAAAAUCUUUUGUGAGAAUCAUCAAAGAUUUAUCGCAAGAGGUGGCCGCCAUUCAGGAGGACAGGAGGAUCGUGGCUCAUUGGUUCCGUUGUGUCUACCACAAAGAACACUGUUGUGAGAUCAGGGACAUCUACCUGAAGACCGGCAUCUCUCUGCAGCCAGAAUACAAGAUGCUCUUGUCCAAGAUGAGGGCUGAAUUUGCGACUGAGGACAUCGCUCUCAACUACUGCGACCCGGAAGGAGACCUGGUGCGUAUCCUGGACGACACGGACUUGGAGCUGAUGGCGGUGGAGGCUGAGGAAAGGCCAAAGGUCACCAAGGCCGACUUUGCCCCGUGGCGCGUGCACGUGAGCAGGAAGCACGAUUUCACCAUCUACAACAUCAACCCUUGAACCACCACCCACCGACUAAUGGCCAGUUUAACGGAUUAGCCUCUUUGCUGCAAUACUAACUUGGAGAUCAUUUAAUAUUGUCAUGACUGAUCCCCUUUUCACUGAAGUGGGAACUAAGUUCUUCUACAUCUGGUUUUGGACGGGCGUACGUCAGCUCCCGUCUCUCGCCUUGCUUCGAGGAUGCAUUUGUUGAAAGAUGUUCUCCAGCUUCCAGCAACGACAAUCAUCCGCUGAUCUUCAAUUUCUGUUUUUGGCCAUCGGUUGUAGCCAUUGAAGGCAUGGGAGGGUGGCACAGUGGUGCAGCGGGUAGAGCUGCUGCCACACAGGGCCAGAGACCCGGGUUCGAUCCCGACUACUGAGUUUGUACCUUCUCCCCGUGACCUGCGUGGGUUUUCUCCAGGUGCUCCGGUUUCCUUCCACACUCCAAAGACGUACAGGUUUGUAGGUUGAUUGACCAAUGCACAUUGUAAAUUUUCCCUUGAGUGUGUAGGAUAGUAUUAGCAUGCGGGAUGAUCGCUGAUCGGUGCGGGAUCGGUGGGCUGAAGCCCUUUCCUGUGUUGUAUCUCUAAACCAAACUAAACUCAAUAUUUCAGACUUUGAUACAGAUACAGUGUGGGAACUGGCCCUUCGGCCCACCAAGUCUGUGUUGACUAGUGAUCAACCCCUACUUACAAUAUAACAAGAGGAUUUCAGUAUAGGAGUAAAGAGAUUCUUCUGCAGUUGUACAGGGCUCUGGUGAGACCACACCUGGAGUAUUGUGUACAGUUUUCGUCUCCUAAUUUGAGGAAGGACAUCCUUGUGAUUGGCAGUAGGUUCACAGAGAUUGAUCCCUGGGAUGGCAGGACUGUCAUAUGAGGAAAGAUUGAAAAGACUAGGCUUGUAUGCACUGGAGUUUAGAAGGAUGAGGGGGAAUCUUAUAGAAACACAUAAAAUUAUAAAAGGACUGGACAAGCUAGAUGCAGGAAAAAUAUUCCCAAUGUUGGGCGAGUCCAGAACCAGGGGCCACACACAGUCUUAGAAUAAAGGGGAGGUCAUUUAAGACCGAGGUGGGAAAAAACUUUUUCACCCAGAGAGUUGUGAAUUCAUGGAAUUCCCUGCCACAGAGGGCAGUGGAGGCCAAGCCACUGGAUGGAUUUAAGAGAGAGUUAGAUAGAGCUCUGGGGGCUAGUGGAGUCAAGGGAUACGGGGAGAAGGCAGGCACGGGUUAUUGAUAGGGGACGAUCAGCCAUGAUCACAAUGAAUGGCGGUGCUGGCUCGAAGGGCCGAAUGGCCUCCUCCUACACCUAUUUUCAAUGUUUCUAAUACAAUACAAUAGUAUGUAAUUUUUAGUUAUAUAGCACUUUUAAAUCAAAUCUCGUGGAAGCCAAACUUUACAGAGAAGAAAUCAGAUUACCAUACAUCCAUAUAAAAUAAAAAUAGAAAAGACACAGCACACUAUCGGAUUUAUCAUCACCAAUAAUACUUUAUAAGCCAAGUAUGUUUUGCAACAUACGAGGAAUAUGAUCUGUCAAACAGUCAUACAAAUAAAAAGCAACAAGCCACACAAAAUACAUUUUAACAUAAACAUCCACCACAGUGACCCCUCCACAUUCCUCACUGUGGUGGAAGGUGAAAUGAAGUUCAAUCUCUUCCCUUAUAACCAUAUAACCAUAUAACAAUUACAGGACGGAAACAGGCCAUCUCGGCCCUACAAGUCCGUGCCGAACAAAUUUUUUUUUUCCCCUUAGUCCCACCUGCCUGCACUCAUACCAUAACCCUCCAUUCCCUUCUCAUCCAUAUGCCUAUCCAAUUUAUUUUUAAAUGAUACCAAUGAACCUGCCUCCACCACUUCCACUGGGAGCUCAUUCCACACCGCCACCACUCUCUGCGUAAAGAAGUUCCCCCUCAUGUUACCCCUAAACUUCUGUCCCUUAAUUCUGAAGUCAUGUCCUCUUGUUUGAAUCUUCCCUAUUCUCAAAGGGAAAAGCUUGUCCACAUCAACUCUGUCUAUCCCUCUCAUCAUUUUAAAGACCUCUAUCAGGUCCCCCCUUAACCUUCUGCGCUCCAGAGAAUAAAGACCUAACUUAUUCAACCUAUCUCUGUAACUUAGUUCUUUCUUAGUUCUUUGUUCUCCCGCGGUCGGGAGCCUCGAGCUCUCCGUUGACGGGACGAUCUUCCGUUAACGUAGCCAGCAGAUGUCUUUCCUUGUUAGGGGGCAAACAAACUCCUGAAUCUUACACAAUUUCACAACUUGCCCGAAGCCAAUUAAACUACAAACCCGCUCGACUUUGGAGUGUGGGAGGGAAACCAGAGCACCCGGAGAAAACCCACGUGGUCACGGAGAGGACGUACAAGUUCCGAGGCAAUAAACUAAACCAAACUAAUCUCACUGUACAAGAUUACUACAACGUUGUGGACUGUAUCUGGAGGCUGGGCCCUGGAUCUGGAGCCAGCAGAUCAAACGCCAGCUGAGAAAAUUAAAUGUUAAAUAUUAAAAUAGGUAAUUUUAAAAAGCCAGUCUCUGUGAAUUGAUUCACUAUUUCACGAACAGUAAAAGGGCCUGGAUCACUUACGCGAUUUCUUUCGGCGACUUUCAGCAUAGUCGCAACAAUUUUGAACAUGUUGAAAAUCCAGUGGCGACACGAGUGGUAGCAGUCAAAUAUGGGACAAGGGUGGUCCCACACGGGAUAAACCAAUAUAUGGGAUGUUGGCAACCCUUGUCGGGACCCUCCUUCAGACUCUAGAUUACCAAGCUGGGCUGAUUGCCCUGUUAUUCAGCGGAGUUUGCCAUGCUUUUUACAACUCUUCACUUGCCAAUAUUCCCUCUGGAAACGAACCUGUAAUGUUUGCUUUAGUUGGAACCAUUAAAUACCACGUGGGCUCAGCUAUCGAUUCCAGCAACAAUUAAACCAUCAGCAGCGAGACUCUAAACCUGUUCCCUGCUGGUAAAUUCAUCACCCGAAACGUCACCUAUUUCCUUCGCUCCAUAGAUGCUGCCUCACCCGCUGAGUUUCUCCAGCAUUUUUGUCCACCCUGGAUCUUGAAGACUGAUUGCCAUUUCCACUUCCUUCUUCUUCUUCUAAAGCCCUUUGACAAAUGUCCUCACUCGGUUGUUGGAAGUUAGACAAUAGGUGCAGGAGUAGAGGCCAUUCGGCCCUUCGAGCCAGCGCCGCCAUUCACUGUGAUCAUCCCCAAUCAGUACCCCGUUCCUGCCUUCUCCCCACAUCCCCUGACUCCGCUAUUUUUAAGAGCCCUAUCUAGCUCUCUCUUGAAAGCAUCCAGAGAACCUGAGGCAGAGAAUUCCACAGACUCACCACCCUCUGUGAAAAAAAGUGUUUCC